GCCGAGUGAAUCUGGAUCCGGUUCCUCCCCGCGAACGCUCGAGUGUCGUCUGGACCUCCUGUUCCUCCGUCGGCGUUACUAAGUUUCUUCGUUUUAAAACCACUCUUGCACAAUGGCCAGUGCAGCAGCUCGUAGUUUCAUGCUGAUAGGGCAAUGCAUAGCUCACGAGACUAAGAACGCUGCGAAAGUCCGUGUGAAGAAAUUGCAGUUUGAUGAGAGACUACACAUGUAUUUUUCAAAGCACACCAACUUCUAUGCCCACGACCCAGACAAGCAGUGCAAGGUUGGAGAUAUUGUCCUUAUCAAAGUACUGCCCGAAAAAAUGACCAGAUUUAUUACACACUCCCUCGUCAAAGUUGUCUAUCCAUUUGGAGAUGUAACAGAUCCCAUAACUGGCAAGAAAUGUGUGGUUAGCAGUUACAGGGAGAACAUCGACAAACGUAAUGAAAUGUUUGGCAUGGCUGAAGAAGGAGCUAGUAACUUUGAUUACGAAGAAGCACCAGAGAGAGGAUGGCAAGAGGGCAAGAAAGAUUUUACACACAAGGUAGGAUAUUACAGCAUUAGUUCUCAAAAUGCUAUUAAUUUACUGCUCAUAUCAGAUAAUGAUCAUGUUUUCAUGUAG